AGCUUAAUAGAAGGCUGUGAUUAGAGCCCUCCACUGCUCCCCAACCCAGUUGCUGCAGAUCUAAGCAAGCCACCCAACUACUUUCUCAACAUGUGCCGAGGUUUAGCUGCGCUGCCUGCUAGCUGCUUGGAAAGAGCCAAAGAGUUUAAAACACGUUUGAGAAUUCUACUUCAUAAACCAGAAUUUGGACAUAAAAUUGGAAACCUCAGCUGGAGCACCAAACAAAAAUAUACUUUGGAGGAAGCGCUUGGAUGGAAGGAGUCCUUUGAUCAACUGCUGAGAAGCAGAAGUGGCACGGAAGCAUUUCAUGGGUUUCUUAAAACAGAAUUUAGUGAAGAAAAUCUGGAGUUCUGGCUAGCUUGUGAAGAAUAUAAGAAAAUCCCCUCCAAAGCAAAAUUAGAAGCCAAAGCCAACAGGAUCUUUGAAGACUUUGUUCAGAAUGAGUCCCCCAGGGAGGUAAAUCUUGACCAUGAAACUCGAGAGGCAACCAGAAGAAACCUUGCUGGGGCCACUUCUAUGUGCUUUGAAGAAGCUCAAGCAAAAACAUACACCUUGAUGGAAAAGGACUCCUAUCCCAGAUUUCUGAAAUCUGCUUAUUACAGAGACCUGAUUGAACAAGCAAAUAGCCACAGAACAGGCAAACCUGCACACACCUGAGCCGAUCCCUUGUUAUCACCUGGAACUGUGUUGGGGAACAGAGACACAGAGUGAAACUGGAGAUGCUGAAAUCCAAGUGAAGGGUGCUAAGAACAUUUCCAUUGCACAGCUUUGGUUUUUCCUGGCCUGGGACCGCCAAUACUUCCAUGUACCCAGAAGCUCUAUUAAAUGCAGACCUUCUCUAGAAAAGAGGCUGUGAGUUGAAAAAAACCAGGAGAGCCUAUGAAAAGGGCUGGAGGAAUUGAUGCAAGGAAGACUUGGUCUCCAGAUAGGAAGAGAAAUCCAACAGGAAAGGGAAUGAGAAAUAUGAAGAAAAGGUGGAUUUUGAUUCUCUCCUAAAAUGUUUACCAUUUUUGGAGAUACCUCUGUGCAUUCAUCUGUUUGAACCAGUGAUAGCCUCCAUCUACUCUUAAAAGCUAGUCUCUGCACCUAUACACACAGACCAAAAACUGUACAUAGCACAAUUCUCAUAUCUUGUAUACACAACACACACCAGUUUGAAAUUUCAUCCCAUUGCAUGUCAGCCUCAGAGGCCUUCUGUUCUCUGCAUGUUUGUACAGUGAUCAGCUUGGUGUUCCAGAGCUUUGCAUCCAAACGGUUUUGCAUUUACACUCAAGAGAAAGGCUGCAUCUGCUUUGCUACUUCAUACAUCUCAAUCUUCUACCAUCUUGGGCAGAUUUCCUUUUAAAGACAUUUGAAAGAAGACAUUGUUUUAUUUAUCUCUGAACGUUAUAUGCAAUCUUGGGAGACGUGCCCCAUUUUUAAAUUAUUUAUAUUUAUUAUUGUCAUUUUAUUGUUAUUUAUUAUGAUGGGCAUUAGAUAAGCACAGCACUUUAGAAGUAGGUGCUAUGGAUAAACUGUUGCUACAAGGGGCCUACAAUUUAAUGUUGGCCUUUUAGCCACAUUCAUAGCAUUUACAGAGUAUAUUUAUAGGGGACAUUUACAUAUUUUUUUAAAAAAAGAGGGAGACAGGCAAGACCACCUUUGCAAAUAUAAGUCCCUCAGAAUUGUUAGUUUACCUCAGGGGUCCCCAAACUUGGCAACUUUAAGACUUGUGGACUUCAACUCCCAGAAUUCUCCAGCCAGCUGGCUGGAGAAUUCUGGGAGUUGAAGUCCACAAGUCUUAAAGUUGCCAAGUGUGGAGAUCUCUGGUUUACCUCAUAAUGUUUUAUGAACAUACUGAUACAUACAUUUAGCCAUUUAAAGCUCAUUCGAUAGUCUGUGGAAAAAGAAGGGAUAAAUUUCCCAACGAGCAAUUUCCUGCUUGCUUUGUGGAGAUAAUUUGUAUCAUCACUGUUGAAUGGAUAGUGUAAAACUUAAAUUCCAGGGCUUAAUUUCACAAAUCAGUAAAAAUUGAAAAUAAAACAUAGCCAGUAGGAUAGUUCAUUUGUUAUUUUCCUUUUGUAGGGUGUGCUUUUUUAGAGCACCAUAUUGAAAUUAAUGACAAUUGUUCAUAUCCUUUGUGAAAUUAUCAGUAGCUCAGUUGAGACAUGUAUAGAUCAGAGAGUUCUGAGUGACUGAACGCCAAGUAACUUAUUUAAAAUGUAUCCUGUCUUUCUUGUUUAACCAGCUGUAAAAUAAAUAAUUUUAAGCCUGUUUAGAAUUGUUUAUAUAAUUGAAAUACUGAAAACAGCUGGAAGGAAACCAAAGUUUCACACAAUGACUUAGCAAUUUCUAUUGCUUUUGACCACUAGUUCAUGAGUGCAUGCUCAGAACUGAUUGUAGCAUCAUGUGAUAUAGGAGUGAGCUAUUAUAAAUACAUAUGGUAUUACUCAUCCUCAUUGCCUGAUUUUAAUACCAACACAAUACUUUCAGUGGACAGUUUUUAUGUUUGGCUGAGCGUCUUGAGUGUUCAAGCAAAAUAUGAUCAUGUGGUAGAAAUGAAUGUAUAAACUAGUUUUCCAUUUCAUUUCUGGAGUCUUUAGCACAGAUAUAGAGAGGGAAAUGACAGAAGAGAUACAUUUAAAUUGAGCAACACUAUAUACCAGCCGUCUCCAACUUCAUGGCCUCAUGAUGAGUUGGACAUUUUCAGAAUUACCAGCCAGAUGGCUUGGUUGAAUGGAAUUUGUGAUCUAACCAUUCUGGAAUGGAACCGCAACUAUAUUUUUGUACUUCUUAGCAGUGGUUAAAUGGCUAUCAUAGAUGCUGAUAAAUGGACAAUAGCUGUAAAGAUGAUUGUAUCUGUUUUUUCUGCACUAGAAGUCUUGAAAAUAAGUUCUUUAUCCAUUGUCAGCAUUUCUAGAUGAGAUGCACCCCAAGGCAACUGCAGAUUCCUUUUUGCAUUCUCUGGUAUAUUAAAAGGGCCUGCAUCCUGAAAUGUUUCUUCUGAUUGUUUGACCUUUACUUAGAUCAACUGUAAUAAAGAGGUACCUGAAAAAGGUUUCCAUUCCAAUAGCAUUCAAUAGUCUAUGGUGAAAAUCUCCUUCUAUUGACUGUAUUGGUAAAAGAUCAUUAUCCUUGUUAUGUAUAACAAUUUUUUUUAAAAAAAGACAACUUCUAAAAUGGGCAGGGGAAGGGAUUCUUAGAGCAUCUGAAUAUACAGAUCCAUUGAAAGAGUUCCCUACAAUUGACUUGGUUCCUUUUAAUACUGAUUUUAUUGUGAUGUUCUUCAGAAUAGGCAUUUUUACAGGCAUAAAUGGGACCUAAAGCUAAAAUUUAGCUAAGAAAUAUUAGAGAUCCUUCCAGUGGUCAACAAUAAAGUGCUAGAGCAGCCCUGUAGUUCCUCUAGUCAAAACAAUAGGAGUCCCUUCUCUAAUCCAAACUGAUUAGAUGUCAUUCUCAUCUAAAAAUCCAGACUGGGAUUCGAAUUUUGCUAAGGCCAGAAUGGCUUGGAUAUGUAUUAUUUACUCACCAGUGGAGGUGGUUCUGUAUCCCUGUUCUUUCAGUGAAUGAUUGAGAUACUGCAUUGUGGUUUCAUGAAUGUUGUAUUGUCUUUAUUUGAAAAAAUAAAAAUAAAACAA